AUGCCAGAAUUGUCCGAUGCCUUUGCAUCUUUGAAGCAAGCCUUAGUCACAGCCCCAGCUUUAGGCCUGCCAAAUUACUCUAAACCUUUCACUUUGUAUGCUACCGAGAAGGGUGGCAUUGCAAAGGGGGUCCUAGUACAACCUCAUGGACCCUAUGAAAGACCUGUGGGUUAUUAUUCAGUUGCUCUUGACCCAGUUAUCAAAGGGUCGCCACAUUGCCUUAGAUCAGUAGCAGCAGCUGUGGAAUUAGUGGAAAAAGUUCGCCCAGUUGUUCUGGGUCACAAAUUGAUUGUUGCCGUGCCUCAUGAAGUUGAACUUUUACUAACCCGAUAUGCUACCAAGUCUCUCUCACCGCAGCGCACACAUCGAUACGAAGCCAUCCUGUUACUGACUGAUAAUAUCUCUUUAAAACGGUCAAAACCCUUAAACCCAUCUACCCUUCUACCUGAGGUGCACCUUUCCAAUGACCCACACGACUGUGUGCAAUUUGUCACCACUUAUUCUAAAACCAGAGAAGAUUUGCAAGAUGUUCCUCUCGCCCACCCUGACCUUAACCUGUUCACAGACGGAUCAAGUUACUAUCUGCAUGGUAAGCGUUUUACUGGUUUUGCUGUUGCCACUGAAAAUCACGUACUUUUUGCUGAACCUCUCUCUCCAGCGCUUGGAGCACAAGCCGCAGAACUAAUUGCCUUGACUCGUGCUGCAACUUUUGCUAAAGGUCUCCGAGUUAAUAUCUAUACAGACUCUAAGUACGCUUUUGGCAUUUGUCAUUCUGUUGGCGCACUUUGGAAGGAACGCGUUUUUUUGACCUCCGCCGGUCGUACUAUUGCUCAUGGACAAUUAAUUCAUGAUUUGCUGCUCGCUAUCCAGGAACCACGAGAAAUUGCUGUUAUUUACAUUCCUGCUCAUACUAAACGCCUUGAUUCUUUCGCUCAUGGCAACGCCUUGGCCGACUGCGCGGCGAGAGCGGCGGCAGUCCACGAUGCAUCUCCUGCUACGACUGUGGUUGCUACCCUUCUUCCUUUUCCCGUUGGUUCUGCUCUUUAUGAUGAACUGGAUGAAGAAAAGCUCAACAAAUGGAAACGCUGGGAAGCAACGCAACAGGACGGCAUUUGGAAACUAGGUGAUAAACCCUUAUUGCCUAUGAGGUUGCCUUUCACACGCCCUACCAUCCACAAUCUUCCGGACAGGUAGAGCGGAUGAAUCGCACUAUUAAAGAUCGUUUGGCAAAAGUCACUGCAGACACAGGUCUCAAAUGGCCUGAAGCAUUACCGCUUGUUUUAU